GCCCGGUAGAGUCAGGAAAAAGAAAGGAGAUUGACCUGCAACACAGCCCGUCUUCUCUUCCAGAUUUUGAAAACUUGUCAUUCUAACUCUGCAAGACUAAGUAACGGAAGCUGUUGUUCCCCCCGGGCCUUCAGGCCAUCUCUUGGUGUGCUCUGCCCCAGCCAGGUGACAUUGGAGCCCUAUCUGGGCCUGCAGGCUCUCAUCCCUUCCAGAGCUGCUCUCAGCAYCAGGAAAGAACAAGAAAUUCUUUCAUGUGAAAGAGAGCAGGCCUUGCUCACUGCGCCUGCUCCCUGCUUGCAGCGUUUGUGCAGGCUCCUGGGGUCGGGCGCCGCUCUUUUUCUCCCCGUGGGUAUGACACAGCGAAGUCCACCACCAGUGAAGUAAGGKCAGGGGCACUUAACAAACACUCAGGUCCCCUGAGAGCGACAUUAUUCUCUGCCAAGCAGUUUUCUUCAUUUUGGAUGUAGUUGGAUGGUAAUUCCGAAGUCUCCGAAUUCAGUGAAGUCUGGAAAAAAUGACCUCUGAUUUGAAUCUAAACUUCCUUAAGGAACUGGAGCGAGAGGCUGUUCUGGAGGUCCUGUACCGUGACCAAGCAAUGAGGAAAAUAGAGGAGGAAAGAGUAAGGAAGCUGAAGAUGCAGCUGCAGCAGCUUCGUUGGAAAGGGACGAGAAGCGUGAGCCACGAGUACCAGGAAAGAUCUUGUGCUCGCUGUCAUCGACCCCUGGGGCUGCUGCUGAACAGAGGUGCUGUAUGCAAUGGGUGCAGUCAUCGAGUGUGCUCCGAGUGCCGGGUGUGCCUGAACCCCUGCCUGUGGAAAUGCACCGCCUGCUACGCUCACGGAGAUGUGAAAAUAAAGGCUGGUGAAUGGUUCUUUGAGGAACGAGCAAAGAAAUAUCCCAAUGAAGGUAGACAUGAAACAGUUGGUGCAAAGCUCUUGAAAUCUUAUCAGAAACUGAGUAACAUUUCUGUUGUUCCUCCAACUCCACCUCCUUUCACCGAAUCCACAGCAGGGAGCACCGUGACGGAACUCUGUCAGACUAAGAGUUUUAAUAAGUCUGUGGAAAACUUGUUUUUGUCUCUUACAACACAUAUGAAAAAAAUCUCUAAGUCCCAGAACGAUAUGGCUGACAGAAGCCACCUGACCACAGACUAUGGGCAGCACGUGGAAAAGAGGAAGGAAAGAAGGAGCCAGUCUGACACUGCCAUCAACAUUACAAGCAGGCUGAAAAGCACCCCCAGCCUUCAGCACCUCCUCACUGGGGCCCAGAGGGACAGUGAAAUCUUUACUGGAAGGAGCUGCAAACAGGAAGAAGACAUAAUAGCCAGCCCUACAAGUGACACAGUUUUCUGUGAGGACAGAAGACAUGGGAGUUUGUGCAGUCUUAACAGCACUUGCACUGAGUAUGGCAAUUUUGGCAAAGCUAAUGUCACAGGAGAAAUAGAGUUUGCCAUAAGAUACAUCUUCAAAGCCUGCGUUUUAGAAAUCAGCAUCAGAGGAUGCAAGAAUCUGGCCUAUGGAGAGGAGAAGAAGAAAAAGUGUAAUCCGUACGUUAAGGUGUAUUUGCUUCCUGAUAAAUCUCCUCGGAGUAAGCGGAAGACGGCUGUCAAAAAGAGCACAGUGGAUCCAGAAUUUCAUGAGACCCUGAAGUACAAGGUUGAAUACCCGCAGCUGGGAAGUCGGCAGCUUCAGGUCUCCGUGUGGCACGCGGGAGCACUCAAGACCAGGGUGUUUCUGGGGGAAGUGGUCGUCCCGCUGGCAGCGUGGAAUUUCGAGGAUCGCUCAGCAGAGUCCUUCAGCUGGUACCCGCUCAAAGCCAAGCUUGAAACGCCUGAAGAUAAUCUUGGCCAGCACAGCAGCAAACUCCUGGUGUCUGCAAGACUGUCCGUACCAGCCCAGGAUAAGAAUUUCCAGCUUGAAAAGCAGAUGAGAGAAGGAAGAAAAGACCAGGGGGCUCCCAGCUGCCAGCUUCAAGUUUUAAUCUGUGAGACCAAGAACCUGCUGGUGCCGAGAUCUGCCGGCACGUUGAACCCUUUCGUUAAAGGCUGUCUUAUCCUGCCGGACCAAACAGAGAUGAAGCAAAGGUCUCCCGUCCUGAAGAAAGAAGUCUGUCCUCGAUGGAAACACUUGUUUGUCUUUGGUGAUGUCAGCCCUGCUCGGCUGCAGCAGUCCUGUCUUCACCUGACUGUGUGGGACCAGGCGUCUUUGGGCGCAAGUGAUCGGUUCCUAGGGGGAGCCGCUCUUGGGGCAAAAGAAUCAUUUGGCCUUAGAGACCCUGGUUCUGAGGCCCUGCUUCAGUGGCAGAAAGUGCUCAGCAGCCCGAACACGUGGACCGACCUUUCACUUGUCCUGCAUCCAAACAAGGAGCGCUUCAAAUCAUAAGUGAGAUUACAGCACAACAACUUUUCCUUCCCUCCGUGUAUUAGAAUAUGAAUUCAAGUGGCA